CACGUAUGAUUGUUUGAGCAUCUUUUAUAUAAUAAAGAAAUGUACUAACUUACAUAUUAAAAAGUGGACUGACAUAUAAAAAUGAAGCCUGCACGUUCAAAGACACCGGCUCGUGAGCCAAUUAAUCAACUAAAAGGAUCAAAUGUGAUAUCUAAAGAUCCUGUACAAGUUUAUUGUCGUUUACGACCGAUGCAUUCUCCAUCGGAUGUAUCAUGUAUGAAAGUUGUUAACGAUACGAAAGUAAUUAUAUCGUCACCAGAAUCUGCGAUCAACUUUCGUACCAUGACCAACAAAGAAAUACAUACAACAUUCAGUCGUGUUUUUACACACGAUAUAAAGCAGAGAGAAAUAUUUAAAGUUGUUGCUUUCCCCCUUGUUGAAAAUCUCAUCCAUAGAAGGAAUGGUCUCCUUUUUACAUAUGGAGUGACAGGAAGUGGAAAGACAUAUACUAUGACCGGAAAACCACAAGAUGCUGGUAUCAUACCUCGGUGUUUGGAUGUUAUUUUCAAUACCAUUGCAAGUUAUCAAACAAAAAAGUUUGUCUUUAAACCAAACAAAUUGAAUGGCUUUGAUGUACAAAGCAAAGGUGAUGUUAUGUUGGAGAGAAAUGAACUUUAUCCAAACAUACAAAGAAUUGGAAGGCUUGGCAAACUGCGUAAAGUGGACAGUGAUGGAGAUCCAAUAGUAAAUCAUGGAUGUAAUGAAUCACUCACUAUUCUGGUUAAACCAGAUCAUGUUUAUUCUGUAUUUAUCACAUAUGUUGAGAUAUACAAUAACAAUGUUUAUGACUUACUAGAUGAGGAGGAUAUUAGAUCUAAGACACUCCAAGUUAGAGAAGACGGUAAUAAAAAUAUGUAUGUGCAUGCUGUCACAGAAGUUGAAGUAAGAAGUGCAGAGGAAGCUUUUGAAUUAUUUCAACGUGGACAACGGAAAAGACGUAUUGGUCAUACGGCAUUAAAUCCAGAAUCAAGUAGAUCACAUAGUAUUUUUACUAUACGACUUGUACAGGCACCUUUAGAUAGUAAAGGCGAAUAUGUAACACAGGAUAAACAAGAUUUGUGUAUAAGUCAAUUAUCUUUGGUAGAUUUAGCAGGUAGCGAACGAACAAAUCGAACUAAAAACACCGGUCAACGUUUGCAAGAAGCAGGAAAGAUCAAUAAUUCUCUAAUGACUUUGCGAUCAUGUCUGGAAAUCUUGAGAGAGAAUCAGAGCCAAGGUACAAAUAAAAUGGUGCCUUAUCGAGAAUCUAAGCUCACUUCUUUGUUCAAGAACUAUUUUGAUGGUGAAGGACAAGUUAGAGUGAUCGUUUGUGCUAACCCAAGAGCAUAUGAUUAUGAUGAAACAAUUCAAGUCAUGAAAUUUGCGGAAAUUACUCAAGAAGUACAAACUCCUAUGAGAUCUAAUGCUAUAAAAUUGGAUCUUGGUUUUACUCCUGGAAGGAGACAACCAAAUAAGCUAUUCAAAGAAGCAAGAAGCAAAUUUGAAAGAGAGGGACGGCCAGAAGUUGCUAACCUGGACAUCGACUUGGGUCUAGUAUACAGUUUAAGCGGACCAUUUCCUCAAUUGAAAAAUAUUACUCCAGAUAGUAAUCAAAUACAUACUUUAAUGCAGUUUUUGGAGCAACGUAUAAGCAAGCGAGAUAUAAUUCGUGAACAAAUACAAAAAAAAGAAGACGAAUUUAGAAAAAGAUUAGUGAUGAUGGAAAAAGAAAUUAUACAUUUAAAAACUGAAUCAGCUACAGUGAAGGCUGCAUAUUCACAAGAGAAAGAAAAGAAUUUUCAAUUAAAUAGACGCAUAAACGAUGUAGAAGGACAAAACAAUAAAAUUUCAUUUGAUUUAAAUACUGCUGAGGAAAUGAUACGAGAUUUAAAACAAAAGCUAAGAAACCGAAACUUGGCGCUGAAUCAACGUUCAAUAGAUGUGCAAAAAGCAAAACAAAAAUAUAACACAAAAAUACAAGCCGAGACAGAUAAAAUGAACAAAGAAUUAGACUUGAAAGAGCGUCAAAUGCGAGAGCAGUUUAAUAAUCAAAUGAAGGGGAAAGACGAGAGGCUACGAUUGAUAAAACAAAUUUUAGAGGACAAUGGUAUUAAAACAAAUGCAAUCUCGUCGAAGGAUCAAAUUGCAGAAUCAGCAAAAAUAAUCAGUCUAGACAAAAAUAGCAGAAUAUCACGAAAGGACAGAUUACCGGUUUCCAACCCCAGGUACAGACGAUCACAGAGUGCAGACAGGUGGAUCGAUCACAGACCUGAGACUCUUGUACCGAUUGGAACGGUAUUGCAGCCACGGAUGCAAAGAAGGCGAAGUAUAACGCGGCUUACUUCUCCCAAAGAGAUUACCGAAGGCGCAUCUAGAUAUGCUCUUAUCGCGCAAGAGCAUGAUACGGACGGAGAACUUGAAACAAAGAUAUAUAAGGCCGAUAUAUUGCCAACGAGCGGCGGUGGAGCCCAAGUCGUAUUUAAUGACAUGGAAUGUUUAAAACAAACGUCGCCAAAAGCAAGAAAACGCACUGGACCUUGGGAAGAGAAAGACGUAGAUGAGGUAAAUGUUUCCUCAGAGACGAAAAGACUACGAGUAUAACAUUUUUAUAAUUAAAUAUAUUUUAAUUUACUUAUGUAUGAGGGAAUGAAAUAUAUAACAAUACUAUUUUUCUUUCGAGAUUAUUAUUAUAAUUUAUGUAAAAAGAGUUAUACAAGAUGUGUGACAUACAUAAUGUACACAUAUUUUUAUUCAUGAUAUUCUUGAAAUUUAAUCAAGAACGUAUAUCAUUAUUAUUGUUCUCACGAGAUCUAAGAAAAUUUUGUACUUACAAUACUCAUAUGUAUGAUUCAUAUAUAUUAUUGAUGAUAUUUGCAAACAUCUUAAGCCGGCCUUACACUGAGGCAACUACAGGCAAUCGAGCCGCAUGCGGCGUUCCAAUGCGACAAAGAUGCACGGUAUAGGCAACGACCACGUGCGACUUGAUUGCCUCAGUGUAAAGCUGGCCUUUACACAUUGGCAUAUAUAUAUGUCAUAAUUAUUAAUUUUAAAAAAUGAUGCUAUCAUAACGGUGAAGAAGACGAGUAUAAAAAUACAAGUACAAUUUCGAUAUAUAAGUAUUAUAUACCACGUAUACAUGCAGUUAUGAUUCCUUAAAUUGUAAAGAUGUAUGUGGUCGAAGAGAUGGAUCCGGUAAUGAAUUGGUACCUGAAGUAUUUCUUUUUAAAUUUAAAAGUCGACCCUCUUGCUCCGAGCUAUAAUUGUAAAAUAUAUUAUACAUACAAAUAUAUAUGUCAAUCCUCUUCUAUUUAAUAAAUAAAUGUGUAAUA